AUGCUCGCUCUCUGGCAGUGCCUGGCCCUCGCGGCCAUCCCUACAGUAUCAGCAUUCCCCUCCGGUUCGUCUCAGAAGAAGGCGUUCGACUGGGACUCAACGAAAUACCUAAUAGCGUUCGGUGAUUCCUAUACGUACGUGCAGGGCACUCACGGACACCAAAACUAUAGCUUCAUCGGGGAUCUGCAGAACUUCGCAUAUGAUGCUCAGACCCUGUUAACGGAUAAGAUCGUUCAGAACCAGACAGCAACGGCAGAAGGAGGCCCCAACUGGGUUGAAUACCUCACCGGGUGCGGGGUAGAAGAUGGAAUCAUCUCACCCAUGGACUGCGAGAGACAACUCUGGGACUUCGCGUUCGCGGGAUCUGAUAUCUCCGUUGCAUACACCCCCCUCCACCACAACUACACCGUCUCCCUCGUCAACCAGGUCACCCAAUUCACGACCUACGGCCAGCCGGUCCUCUCGCGGCACAUCUCCGCGCCGCAGACCCUUGUCGCCAUCUGGAUCGGGAUCAACGACAUCGGCGACAGCGCCAAAUACGCCGUCGAUUUCCCGGCCUUCUACGACACCCUCAUCACCACCCUCUUCGCCUCCGUCCAGGAGAUCUACGCCCAGGGCUAUCGCUCCUACCUGUUCGUCAACCUGCCGCCCCUCGACCGCACCCCGGGCAACCAGGCCCUGAGCCAGCCCUACCCGAACGCCACGCAGGUCGCCUGGUACAACGACGCGCUGGCCCGGCACGCCGCCGCCUUCCACCGCAACCACACGGACACGGCCGUGCACCUGUUCGACGCGCACCGGACGCUCAGCGAGAUCAUGGACCACCCCGCGGCGUACGGCAUCGUCAACACCACCAACUUCUGCCCCGGGUACGACCAGCCCGAUAUCGCGUGGAACUACCGGGCGUACGGGUGUCCGACCCCGCUGGAGGAGUACUUCUGGUUCAACUCGGGGCAUCUGACGAGCAAUGUGCAUCGGAUUCUUGCGGAUGUGUUGGAGGGGGAGCUGAGGGGGUGGUCGAAGUGA